CGGGUCUGGGGUGCCUGAAGUUGGGCGCUAGGUGGGAGGGAAAGGGGUGGAGUCUGUGAGUGAGGCUAGGUCGGGCGCGUGUCGGAGGUUAGGGGUUUCCUAGGGGAAGGGCUCUGGCUGACGCACUGCCUGAGCUGGGGGAGGGGCGGGAUCCGUAAGUGUUAGCAGCUCUGGGAGCGUAGUCUGGAGCAAGAGGCGGGGUCAGAAUUUUCUACUGGGCCGAGGUUGUGGGGGGUGAGGUUGGGGCUGAAGGGGCGGGGUCUUUGGGAGCAGGUAAGGGCGCGCAGAACUGGCUGGGGUGCGAAUGAGGCCGGGCCCGAGAGAGAGAGAGGGCGGGGCCUAGAUUUCAGCGCUUCCUGACUCCGGUCCCUAGGCAGCCUGACUACUUAACACCACUUCCCCUGAGACCGCCCUGCGGCCAAGUAGUGAGGGACUGGCUGUUCUGUCCGCUGCUCCUUAGUGGGUGGUCGAGUUUAAGGCAAAAAGAAGCAGUGCUUCGUGUAGGAGUGGGCGAGUGACCAAUUCAAACGCCCCCUGUCGGGCCAAAAGAGCCGCAAAGGCAGCGCCAGCGCCAGCGCUGAGAGCGGCCUAGUUUGUGGAAGCCUCUUCCAGGAAGCCAGAGAAGCCACUGGUAGAGACUCCCGAACCUCCAGGCUGGCCGUGAUCUUGGCCUUCAGGACUACUCUGCUGUUUCGAGGAACCACGCUGGCAGCCUCGCGAGAGUUCUUCCUGCGAACUUAUCUCACCUCCGUUGUCAUCAUGUCCUACGGCGUGCGUGCUGUGGGCAGCCUCCACCGCAAGGCUCGCACUUCACCUUACCCGCGCUCCACCGUCGAACGAAGCCAUGUCCCCGACGACAAGGUACCCUGGCUGGUAGAGUGGCGGGACUAUAAACCCGUGGAGUACACGGCAGCCUCCAUCCUGGCCGGACCUUCGUGGGCAGAUCCCCAGAUAGGUGAAAGAGAUUUUUCUCCCAAAUUCAAUGAAAGGGAUGGACUUGUUGACCGGAAGAGCCACAAUGGCCCCUAUGAGAUUGAAAAUGGACGGCCUAGAAAUCCUGCGGGGCGCACUGGACUCGAUGGCAGGGGACUUCUGGGACGUUGGGGCCCAAACCACGCAGCGGACCCCAUCAUUACUAGAUGGAAAAGAGACGACCAUGGAAAUAAAGUCUCCCACCCGGUUUCUGGAAAAAACAUCCUCCAAUUUGUAGCCAUCAAACGGAAAGACUGUGGAGAGUGGGCCAUCCCAGGGGGCAUGGUGGAUCCAGGUGAGAAAAUCAGUGCCACCUUGAAACGAGAGUUUGGUGAGGAAGCAAUGAAUUCCUUAGAGAAGUCCAGAGCUGAAAAGAAAGAGCUGGAGGAACAAUUGCACAAACUCUUCAACCAGGAGCAUUUCAUGGUUUAUAAGGGAUAUGUGGAUGACCCUCGAAACACUGAUAGUGCAUGGAUGGAGACAGAAGCUGUGAACUACCAUGAUGAAACAGACAGGUUUCAAGGAAGAACAGUGCUAUAUCCAGCCAGAGGAAAGGACAAUCAUUUUGACAACCUUGUUUUUCCAGUUGGCUACUGUGCAUCACUUAAAUGCCUGACACCUCUUUUUCUUUGUUCCCCUUUUUAUGAUUUGAAAUUAAUGAGUAACCACACAUAGGUAAUCUGUGACACUGGGUAGUCCAUUAAGGAAAGCACCAAGGGUACCAGCAUGGCUAUGAGAUCCACCAGAGUCAUCUACGGUUUUAUUGAUAACUCACUGAUAAUAAGAAGUCAGUGAUAGCAGUAACUGAAUCUGGUGAGAAGACCAUAUAAGCCCAAGAGAAUAAUCUGCUUGUCCAGCCCAGCAUUGAGUCAGUCAGAUAAGGAAGGCAGACCCUGUAACUGUCUAUGACAUUUUUACAGAAAUAAAUUUGCAUCCUCUCUGAAGUGAGAAAAAUACUACCAGAGCCGAGAAAAUCUCUCUUCCCCAAGAUGAGGGUUAGAGAAAGGAAAGUGUCUGUGCUAUGUGGCAUGUGUAUGUGUGAGUUGAGCAACCAGCUUAAAUUUGAAUCUACUCUCCCAAAAAACUAUGUGGAUAUGUAGAAGUGAGACUGUGUAUCCCAGUUUCUGGGGAUGUUAUACUUUGGCCUUUGUUAUUCAUUCUCAGUAAAUAUCACUUUGUAAAAGCUAAUUGGUGUUAAUAUACUAAUUGAUUUGGGAGAAAUUUUAACUGACUUAAUAAUUUUGGGAAGCAUACCAAUAGGGGGCUUAUGAGUUAUAGUAUUAGUGAACCCCAGUUCCUUGAGAUUAAGCUUAGAAUCCUGAUGGGAACUUGUGAUUUCAUUGCUUUAGGGAACAUGUAAGUGGGAAAAUUCCCUUUACCAGUGCAGGAUCUCACACCUUUUCUGCAACUUACAAUCUUAGAGGGUUGCCUACAGUACUGAGAAGUUGAGUGACUUGUCAAAGAUGAUGUAGUCCAUGUAUGUCAGAUACAAGACAGGAGAUAUUUCAAGCUGACUCAUCUCUGCAUCAUGCUACCGCUUAUGUAAAGAUAAUUUUUUUUAAUAUUGUAGUUUAGUAAUUGCCAUGCAUGUUGCCUUCCAACUCUCUCCUUCAUGAAGUUCAGUUUAGAGGUAAUAAUCUGUAAGCCUGUGGCUUCCUUUCAUUUUUCGAUCCCAAUUUAUAUUCACCAGUAUCCACAUUCAUAUUAAAAAAUUGCUAAAUAUUAGAGUAGAUAUUGUUUUAAUUUGGAGGGUUUUGUCAAAUUCUGCAUUCAGCAGCUGAUUUUCAAUUUUUUCAAAAGAUUAGCACAUAGUUGUACUAUGUACAUGUAUUUUUAUUGUGUCCUGCUUUUGCUUGCAUGCAGACUAAAACUACAAAAAAUUGUACUCUGACUUACAUGAAGUGAUGCUAAGUGAAAUGAGCAGAACCAGGAGAUCAUUAUAUAUGGCAAUAACAAGAUUAUACAAUGAUCAUUUCUGAUGGACGUGAUUCUCUUCAACAGUGAGAUGAUUCAAACCAGUUCCAAUUGUUCAGUGAUGAAGAGAGUCAUCUACACCCAGAGAGAGGACUGUGAGAACUGAGUAUGGUUCACAACAUAGUAUUUUCACUCUUUUUAUUGUUGUUUGCUUGCAUUUUAUUUUGCUUCUCUUUUUUUUAAACUGGCUUGAUUUGAUUUUCCUUAUGCAGCACAAUAAUUGUAUAAAUAUGUAUGCAUAUAUUGUAUUUAACAUAUAUUUCUACCAUGUUUAACAUAUAUUAGAAUACCUGCCACCUAGGGGAGGGCGUGGGGGAAGAAAAAGGGGAAAUUGGAAUACAAGGUUUUACAAGGGCUAAUGUUGAAGAAUUGUCCACACAUAUGUUUUGAAAAAUAAAAAGCUUUAAUAAAAAAAAAAAAAAGUUGUACUCUUAAUAAUGUGAGAUGACUAGCUAUUCUAUAUCAUGACAUUUCUUGUUCCCACUAGGUACUUGAUGAAAUCAACUUUCCUGACUCCUUCCUUUGAUUUUCUAAAGGAAACCUGCAAGUAGUGUAAUUAGUGAUAAAUUAUUAUAAUACUGAUUUUGAAACUUUUUUUAAUUAAUCAUCACUUUUGGAAAAAAAAAAGUAUAUCCAUGCAUUCCUAAUACUUGUGUUUUUACUUAUUUGUAAAUUUUAAUUUUAAUCUGUAAAAAUGUAAUCUGUACUGAGCUAAUAAUUAUAUGCAUUAUUAAGCUUAUACAAAAUAUAAUUUUUUAAGGAAUAAGACAAAAAUGAAAUUGUAUUUGAUCCAAGAGUCAAUAGGGAGUCAUGAUGUAGAAGAGUGACAUACUCAUAUGUGAACUUGAGGAAAAUGAUUUUAGUAGCUAUGUGGAAGAUAAAUUAUAGGGAGAAGAAAUUAGAUAUAGAAGACUAGAUAGGAAACUAUUGCAACAGUUCAGAUGAAAGAUAAUAAAGUCUUGAACUAGAAUGAUGGUAGUCAAUAGAGAAGAAGGGACACAUGCUAUAGUUGUUGAGUUACAAAUGAUAUGAUUUAGCAACUGACAGGAUAUGUGAGGUGAGGAAAUGUGUAGCGUCAAGGAAAAGAUUCAUAUUGGAAACUGGGUCAUGAGAAUGAUUCAAAAUAAAAAGGAAAAUAAUGAAAAAGGUUGGGUUGGGGUUGUGUGUUGUAAGUUCUGCUUUGGACAUGUUGAUUUUGGGAUAUCUAUGGGAAUGUCCAAAAGGUCAUAGACUUCCAUUGGGAAUAUAUGAAUAUGCAAAUACAUAU